GUACAUCAAUACCCUUUCGCACUUUCAAGUUACUUUCACACCACAUCCCACGCUACAUUUCUCAAUCCUAUUUCCAUCAAACUUCCAACUACAACUAACUCACUUUACUCCUCUCUCCAUCCACCUUAUUGCCCAUCCAUCUUGAGAACUACAUAUCCAUCUCUUCAUCUACUUCUAAAAAGUUCUUGUCGAACAAGUAAACUUGCUGUUAUAUUUCUACUCUAUUAUUCUGCUGCUCUGCUGUUCUUCUUGGACUGGUUGUGUAGCAGUUGCCAUCUGGCCCACUGGAGUGCCGCCCUGGUUCUCUCCACCUAUCCGCCUUGAUCCUUUUGUCUCUUAAUGUCGGGACAUUACUCUGAGCACUCUGAGCCGCCUCCUUCAAAUACAGGACGCUAUCGCACCGCGGACGAAAUUGUACGUUCCAUACUUGAUAGUGAUGCUUCGCCACUCGACAUUAGCCCUUCCGGAGAGUUAUAUCGGGCUAUAGAGAGGUAUUAUCCAUAUCCACGGCCUCAGAAUAACAGACGGCCAGACCUCUUUCGGAAUAGCUUAAGACCCUUGGGCCAACGCUCACCCUUGAGGAACAGCAUGCCAUACGAGCCUAGCCCGGAGACGCAACGAAGAUUCUCGAGAGAACCGCAAAGCUCUGACACAUCGCCAUUAUACAACUUACCUUCCACUACUCCUUACCUACCGCCACUGCGGUCCUUGACAAGUUCUCGACGACCCUCGAUCAUGCCUACCUCCCGUGUGCCUAGCGGGCGAAAUGCGCCGACACGUCCAGCUGAUCGCUACCCAUCGAGGCUUCGGGGUGCGCAUGAGAACCGAAGUGAGCCUAUUGAAGAUGCUGUAGAGUUUUGGGAACGUCUCGAGCCCUUUGAUCUGAGUUCGCGAGGUACCCGAAGGUCAGCCACAGCUCAACUCAACGAUUCUCAGUCAUACCUAGACGAUGAACGAUUACGGGAAGAUAGAUUACGGGAAGAUACCAAUUCACAAUUACGGGCACUCGCAGAAUUCACCAACUCCCCCAGCCACCCUUAUUCAGAUCUUGCAUUUUCAUCACCACCGCCACCUCAAGACUCUACAGAAGAGAGCCGACGAGUUAAAAGGCGCAAAUUGGAUUCGGAUCGCCUGUCCAGUGGAUUUCAAGGCUUUCGAUACGGGAAAUACGGACAGGUCGAACCUGGUCAGCUGACUAUGGAGCUAGUCAGCUGUGAUGGUGGCAUCUAUUCGGAUGACAGCCACAAGUAUGCCGCCGAGAAUAUCCUCAAAAAUGAUCAGACGGUCUACUGUACUGAGGGGCCGAGGUGUAAUAUUAUCCUGAGGCACCAGGGAGCCACCGUUUUUACGCUAAAGGAGUUGGUUAUAAAAGCACCCAGGUCGAACUUCACCUCUCCUGUACAGGAGGGCAUGGUCUUCGUUUCGAUGACGUCUGACCAUCUCCUAACGCGAACAGCCCAGUACCAGAUUCAAUACUCUGCGACAUUACCUGGGCGCACAGAGCGGGAGUCUCAACCUCUGACGCCAAUUGUGUCUAUUAGACAUAAUGAAGAUGGGAGCACUAUGACCCAUGCACAGAUCCGAGCAAGGCGUCUUUACAAUAUCGGCAUGGAAGAUGAAGACAAUAGUGUUCGAAUUGCGCAAAUUCCCUCGGAAUUUAAUGUCUCGCCGCCUCCUUUUAGAGUCACUACGGAGUGUAGCGAUGACGAGGGAGAUGAUCCGACCCCAGGGGAAGAUUGGCCGCCACAUGUUGGCAUUGGCUCAUUGCCAUUUGAAAGUGAGUCGAGUGAUGAGGAAGAAAACUCACCGGACUAUUCGUUCAGAGAGGCAUUUCGCCGGUUUCGCCGGCGACGUAAUCGGCCUAGCAACGCACUCGCAGAAGCGUUGGAAGCUGCUCAGGUAGCUACACAGGAAGCUGUUCGUGCAGUGGGGGGUGAGUUAAUGGUUCCGCACGCGCGAUUCUUCAUUGAGCGGAACAGAAGUAAAUGUACCAUCAAGUUUGAUCCGCCAGUUUCUGGGCGGUUUAUAUUGUUGAAGAUGUGGAGUCCUCGUCGCGACCCGAAUGCAAAUAUCGACAUUCAAGCAGUGGUCGCUAAGGGCUUUGCUGGGCCAAGAUUUUUCCCGUCUGUAGAGUUACGAUGAUAGACUUGCACAAAUAUUGGCGCGAAAGGGAGUAGUAGCUCAUUGAUUAAUAGGAUUAGUUGCCUGAAAAAAGGGCAAAUGGACUAGUUUUAUUACACCUAAUAUCUGUGUGUAUUCUUUGAACUUUAUGCUAUCUCCUUUCUUUGAAGAUGGGAUAUUUCCCCCUUUAUACAAUUCAAGUCUCUACAUAUGUAUUUUGAGUCAUACAUACAUGUAUAUCUUCUAUUGAUGUACAUAGCCUGGAGGCAUUAUAAUUUGCUACUAGGUAGUUACCUAAAAUAACUACUUGAUACACAUUGCCCAU